AUGCAAAGCUUCCUCCUCGACCGCAUCUUUCCAACCUCAAGCCCACUUCUUCCGCAGCAUGAGCGCAAUAGCGCCCAUACCUCUUCUCCCAAUGGUCUUUCACAUUUAGAACCCUCUCGCUCUCCUCUUGCGUCAAGCAGCACUAUCCUACGAGCAGCCCCAGUUUCUACCUCUUCGGCGACUAAUUUCGAUCCUCUCAUUCCCCUCGAGCGUGCUGCCAAGUCGCUUCAACGUACCAUCCAGUCCCUCUUAGAUGCACAAUCUGAAGGUCUGCUCUCAGGUCUCAGACCCGGCAACGACCAAGACGAAAUCUCCUCCAAUGGCUCCCUUACCCCAACGCCAACGAUGUUCUCUACUUCGACCAUGCGCAAACGCGUUACCAUCCCUGUUCGACAACCACCGCAGAAGAAGAUUUCUCUGCGGGCAGCCCGGCGAGGGCUCUCCCGGUCCAUGCACGACUUUGCUGCUCUGAAGGACGAAGAAGAACGAGUUCUAGAACUGCAAGUGCAGGAGCGGGAAGAUGCAUUACAUCAGGUGGAAGCUUUUACAUACAAGCGCGAAGGCAUCGAGUCCCAUAUUGCCUCCAUCUCGUCUGAGAGUGGCGCUCAAUCCGCAGGUCGUCUCCGUGCCGAAGCGAAUCGGUUAGGUAGACAGAUCCAAGAAUUGGAGGACAGACUCUUCGAGAUGAAAGCCCGUCACAGACAUCUUGCUGACAAGGCACAGCAACUGGAAAGUUCGGUACAAUCAAAACUGAGCUCCUACAACGCUAGCCUCGAACUCCUAGAUAAGGAUAUCAAACGGUUUAUAGAGAACCCGCCCAUCCUCCAGCCCAGCUCUAGGACAACACGUAACCCUAUCGAUGGAGAUAGUAGUGCAGAGAGCUUCUAUGCUCUCAAACCCAAUAGGAGGACACUACAGAUGGCAAAGGAUCACUGGCAUGAUGAACGAGAAGAUCUGAUCCGCAGGAAGGAAGCAAUUCAGCUGGAAAAGACGGCCCUAGAAGACGGGGGCCAGGUGUGGCGUGAGGUCGUGACUAAGAUUCAGUCAUUCGAGAAAUUUCUCAAGGCACAGAUGCAGCAGUUUUCCGUGAACCCGACCUCACAACGGGAGCGAGAUGAGGGAAUGGCGUCUGUGCUGAACAGCAUGGACAAAGUCAUGGAAUUCUUGGAACGGCAUGUCCAGGAAGCAGAAGGCAAGGAGUGGAAACUGUUGAUCUGUUGCAUAGGCGCUGAAUUGGAAGCUUUCCGGGAGGGCAGACAGGUGCUGAUCGAAGCGUCUCGAUUCCGAAAUGGGCAGAUCCACGAGGAAGAGCAGAAUGAACUGCUCGACUAUGGCGAAAAUGGAGAAACUAAUGCUGAGCCUUUUCUAGACCAGCUCCAGGACCGUUCGGAGGACGAUGCUAACAUGAACUCCAGCCACAGAACAGAAAGUGCCAUCCUAUCAAAUGCUAGACCAGCGGCGGAAGAUGAUGAAGAGCGAAGUCCCAAGCUCUUACCAGAUUCGCCACGACCCAAGCCGACACUGUCUGCUGAAUCCAGAUCAUCCGAGAGCGAAGACGACGAUCCUGGACCUGACUUCUUGAUCUCUCACACCUGA